AUGAAUUAUUUAUUUGAAAAGAUAUCGUGGAAAAGCUGCACUACGGAACACCUUCAAAGCUACAAUAAAAAACUGGUUAACUCGGCAACUGAUCUGCUGAGCAAAGAUUUUUCGGACAUUAACAAUUUUUAUGAAGAGCUGAGUAAUUUGAUAAAGAGUGCGGCAAUGGUCCUACCACGGGUUCAAUAUAAGAAACAUAUAAAACCGUACUGGAAUAACUGUCUUAAAGAAGCGAAACGUUCCGUUAUGGCUGCGAGGGCAAAAUGGAAAAAAGAGGGAUCCCGAGGGCCUCAGAAAACGUUUAUUAUAGACGAUAUAAGAAAGCUAAGACUGCAUAUAGGAAGGCACAACGUAGAGCUGUUUGGGAAUACGAAAGAAAAGAAUUCGAUGACAUAGCCAAUUCUAUAGAGUUAGAUCACGAGACGUUUUGGAAACUGAUUAAAACCAAAGUACGUAGGAAAAAGAAAAAAACAAAAGGUGGUGGCUUUAGAGGUGGAUAAUGCUGUGCUUGCGAACCCCCAAGUAGUCGCAGAUCUCUGGGCAAACUAUUACGAGAAGUUAGCUACCCCUCCGGAACAUGUGGACCAAGAAGAGAUGAAAAGUAAAGUUGAUGAAAUUUUAAAGAACUCGGAGGGCAUGUAUGACUAUACAUUUAAUUCUUCUAUAACAGCGGAGGAAAUCACUUCAGUAAUUACUACUCUUCCUAAGGGAAAAUCACCCGGUAUAGAUGGAAUUACAUAUGUACAUAUUAAAUAUGGAGGUGAAAUUAUCGUAGGACUGCUACUGAAUUUGUUUAGUUAUAUUAUCGAGCUUGAAGAGAUUUCAAAGUCCUUCAAAAUGGCGAUUAAGAUCCCUAUUCCUAAAGGCAAUAAAACUUCACGAACUUUUGACGAUCACAGAGGAAUCAGUUUGUUGCCUUGCAUAAAUAAAAUGCUUGAGAUAAUUGUAUUAUCACGACUGCAGAAGGAAGAAAAGUACUCUCACCAACCUCUUCAGGGUGGUUACCAAAGAGAACAGGACGCUCUAACAACGUGUUUCGUCAUCGAUGAAGUAGUAAAUCAUUGUCGCGAAGAAAAAGAAAAAGUUGACGUAGCGUAUAUGGAUAUUACAAAAGCGUUUGAUACUAUGUGGAUUGAGGCAAUGUUAUUUAAGCUGCACUACAACAAAGGAAUUGCGGAGAAAACAUGGAGGCUUAUUAAAAACUGGUAUAUAGACAUGAAAGAGUUCGUGUUUAUCGGAGGAAAAGUAUCACGUACUUACAAUCUUUAUCAGGGUACACGUCAAGGGGAGUGCUAUCACCUUGGCUCUUCCUUGUCUUUAUUGACGAUCUAA